AUGUCGUUCCGGUUCCCCCGAUGGGGCCGCAAGAAGAACAAGAGCAAGGAGCCGCCCGUGGGGGGCAACAAGUACUACCCUGACGGCGCCUCCGCCGGGGGCGUCCCACGCGCGCCGCCCUCCGCGCCCGCCGGCCGCACCUACAGCAACGGCUCGGACUACCAGUCGCAGCAGUCGUGGCAGUCCAACGGCUCGAUGCCCCCCGCGCCGGCGUCGGCGGACUACCAGAACUCGGGCGGGGGCCGCGCCGCGCCCUCCGCGAACCGCGGCGCGCCGCUGCCGUUCUCCCACCCGCUCUACGCCAUGGACGCCGAGGGCAUGAUCCACCUCAAGGCCACGGGCAAGGGGCUCGACGACUCGGACCUGGCCGUGCACCAGGACGAGAUCAUCAACACGGUCGUCAAGUACGUGCAGGACUCGAUGCGCAAGGAGCUGGGCUUCCGCGAGGUCUUCAUCCCGGCCAACAGCACGCCCGAGGCGCCCGUCAAGGCUAACGUCUUCGUGUCGCGCAACUACGAGUCGUGCAAGAAGCUGCUGGUGUUCGUGGCCGUCAGCCGCGGCCUCUACCCGGGACUCUGGAGCCGCGGCCUCGUGCUGCACGCCGGCGUCAAGAGCGGCAGCAUGCUCGAGUACUUCCGCAAGGCCAUCGACGAGGGCUACGGCAUCAUCGUGGCCAACCCCAACAAGAACGUCAUCGUCAUGCGCGACGGCAAGCAGCGGCUGCAGAUCCCCGGGUCUUCCAGCCCCGAGGAGCACAUGGACUCGCUCUGGGACUCGUACGUCGCCCGGUCCUCCGCCAGGAGGGUCUACUUCCUCGGAUACUCGUACGGAGGCGUGCUUAUCAAGUACCUGCUGCAGUCCCGCGGCGACCAGCUCAUGCGUCGCAACGGAGCCAUCGCGCUGAUCGAGUCGAGCCACCGUAUCGAGGACGGCGACUCGCAGUCUGUCAAGUCCAUCCUGGCGCACCGCACCAUGUACUGGGAAAGCAACGACCAGCUCUUCCAGACCAAGCUGGACGGCGACGCCCCGCACCGUACCGGCUGCACGUGUCUGUCGGCGGGCCGGCCGCCGCGCGCGCACGCGAACCACUACUACGUCACUGCCUUCUGCAUCAACAAGAUCCAGGACGCGCUGUUCCGGUUCCUCGACACGCGGGACGCCACCACCUACGUCGCCGGCGAGAAGCCUGUGCCGGAUCCACCUGCUUCGGCGCCGGCAUACAUGGGCAACGGUGCCGCCGCCCCAAGCGGCCCGCAGCUCGCGCGCCAGGAGUCCACCAGGCGUGAAGCCAACAACUCCAAGAUGGGCACCAGUGAGAAGCACUGCAACCUGUGUCUGUUCCACUUCACGCUGUUCGACCGGCGUCACCACUGCCGCAUGUGCCACCGCGCUGUCUGCAAUGCGUGCUCGCGCGACCGUCUCUUCCUGCCCGGAUCGAGUACGGCCCAGCGCGUGUGUACCGAGUGUGCGACGGAGGGUCCGCGCGGCAACAACAACAACAACAACAACAACACUAACAACACUAACAACAACCCGGCGGCCAACCAGCCUCCCCCGACCUACCCGCGCCUUAACCGCACGGCUAGCGACGCCGUGGCCACGACCAACUCCUCGCAGGAUAUGUCCCAGGCGCGCAACCGCUCGGACACGCAGAUGUCGAACCAGGGCCGGUCAGAGUCGAACGCGCAGCCGCCUGGCAACUCGAAGCUCAGUGUGGAGGACUUCGACCUGCUGAAGGUGAUCGGUAAGGGCGCCUUCGGUAAGGUCAUGCUGGUGCGCAAGAAGGUGCCCGAUGGAUCGACGACCCCGAACGCCAUCUACGCUAUGAAGGUGCUAAAGAAGGCGUCCGUGUUCGCCAAGAACCAGGUGGAGCACACCAAGUCGGAGCGCCGUAUCCUGCGCGAUAUCGACCACCCGUUCGUGUACAUUGCCCCCGAGCUGCUCAAGGGCCUGCCCUACGGUAAGGCUGUGGACUGGUGGGGCUUCGGCACGCUGCUGUAUGAAAUGAUGACCGGCCAGACGCCCUUCUUUGACCGCAACCGGAAGCGCAUGUUCCACAACAUUCUGCACCGGGACGUUGUAUUCACGCAGGCCUUCUCGGAGGACGCCAAGGAUCUGCUGACCGGUCUGCUUCGCCGAGACCCGGCCAAGCGGUUAGGCUCCGGCCCCUCGGGCGUGCAGGAAAUUAUGGACCACCCCUUCUUCGCUAGCAUCGACUUCGACAAGCUGCUGAAGCGCGAGGUGGAGCCGCCCUUCAAGCCCGUGGUGAACAGCGAGGCCGACACGGGCAACGUUGCCAACAUCUUCACGCGCGAGAUGGCGCGCGACUCGCCAGUGACGCAGGAGCUGGGCGCCACGCAUCGCGCGCAGGCCCACUUCGACGGCUUCACGUACAUGCCCGGCAACGAGCACCUGAACUAAGCAAGAGUUGACGGAAGGCGAAGGAUACGGAAGGCCCCGGAUUGUUAGACGACUACCCGCCCCCAAAGGACGCCGACGAAGUUGAGGGAUGGAGGGAGCGAGCUGCAUGGGGAAAGCUGCCGAGCCGAGCAAGUAGCAAGACCAGCGUGGUGAAGAAAAGUAUGUCGGGCGUGGUCGUCUCGUGCGGUGGCAGCUUCGUUGGCAAAACCCGUUGCAGCGAGUGGGUAAAGGGAGACGACACGAGCGAGAGAGCCGUGUCGGUGUGUGUUGUGUACGAGAAGCGAGAAAGGGAAGGAAGAAGAGCAAGAGCGAGCGAGCUGACGAGAGGAUGCACGACCUGCGCGUGGGUCGGAGAUGAAUGAAAAGCUAGCUCGGCGCUGAAGCGGAGAUGCAGUGUAGCCUCCUACCAGCAAACUCGCCAUUUUAGUUUUAGCUUUGCGAGUGGCAUAAGAUGAAAAAAGAGAAAGUGAAUAUCCAUC